UGUCUCCAGUCUAUGACUUCUCCUGUAGUAUGUCUGCAGUCUCUGGUCAUCUCCUGUAGUAUGUCUGCAGUCUCUGGUCAUCUCCUGGACCAUGUCUGCAGUCUCUGAUCAUCUCCUGUACCAUGUCUGCAGUCCCUGACCAUCCCCUGUACUGUGUCCGCAGUCUCUGGUCAUCUCCUGUACUGUGUCCGCAGUCUCUGGUCAUCUCCUGUACUGUGUCCGCAGUCUCUGGUCAUCUCCUGUACUAUGUCCGCAGUCUCUGGUCAUCCCCUGUACUAUGUCCGCAGUCUCUGGUCAUCUCCUGUACCGUGUCCGCAGUCUCUGGUCAUCUCCUGUACCGUGUCCGCAGUCUCUGGUCAUCUCCUGUACCGUGUCUGCAGUCUCUGGUCAUCUCCUGUACUGUGUCUGCAGUCUCUGGUCAUCUCCUGUACUGUGUCCGCAGUCUCUGGUCAUCUCCUGUACUGUGUCCGCAGUCUCCGGUCAUCUCAUGUACUGUGUCCGCAGUCUCUGGUCAUCUCCUGUACUGUGUCUGCAGUCUCCGGUCAUCUCCUGUACUGUCCGCAGUCUCUGGUCAUCUCCUGUACUGUGUCUGCAGUCUCCGGUCAUCUCCU